AUGCCUCGUCAUCAACAACACAUCGUCCCAUGGACCGAUUCCGAGUCCGACUACUCACUCUCGGACUAUUCCACGGAAGACGCCCACCAUGAGACCUCAUCUAGGAGGCCUUCCUUUGGCAGCUCCACUCUGAACCCUGGCGCAUCCACGGGCGCCCGGCGACGACGACGGUCUUCUGAGCCUGUCCCGCAACCCCCGGACGUCAUCAUCAACAUAAAAGACGAGUUGCGGAAAAAAGGCUCUAACAGAAGUACCAAUAGGACUCGUGAGGCUUAUAUCGAUCCUUAUGAGUCAGACGACGAGACCUUCCGGCGAGAGGCUCGAGUAACAGAAGGAGAGCAUGACAUUCAGUCGUCUAACAGAGAUAUUACCGUUCACAUUGAUCUACUUAAUCGACUGGGACGAUUUAAAGAGGGAAUCAUUCUGUUCAACGAAAGACUUGCCCCCCAUCUUGAUUUCUUUCCUGUCGUUGCUGAAUAUGCAGACCUUCUGCUGGAACAGGCAAAUUUCCGCUCUCUGGGCGAGCUUAUUUCACAGGUCUUGGGUAGCCACGCAAAGGACUUUGAGAAGGAUCAGGUUUUACUUCUCAAAUUACUUGGAUCGCUGGCUGGGAUGCACUCAAAAGGAGCACUGUUGCCAGCUCUUGAUACGGCCAAAGAGGUGAUCAAGUUUCUUGAGGACCAAGAUGGAGAGGAUUCCUCGGAUGAACGUCUUACAGGGAUUCAGGUACGGAUGGAUUUCAUGCUCACUCGACCAAAAUGCAAAUGA